AUGAGGCCGCCGUUCGAGUGGUCUCCCCCCAUUCUGCUGCUUCUGGCAGUUUCCACUCUUUCCGCUUUCCCCCUAGAAGAGAAGUUCGACGGAUUGUUCCGAGCCGAACCGCCCCAUUGCUCCAAAACUCCGAUCGUCAGAGCCCAGACAUCUCAGAGUAAGUUCUGUGAGUUAUCGUCGGAAGUUCAGUCAGCCCUUUCAUGCCUUUCACCACAAGUUGAUGACUAAUCAGUCUGUCAUCACAACGAUUUCAUGCUUGUCCACCCGUAGAUCAUAAAAAGUGUUGAUGAUUCCAGAUGCGCUUUCCUCGAUUGCCCGAGGAAUGCAAAUGCAGUUCUCGAUCGGAUUGCACACGGCCGUCUGCUUCCGACUGUACGAGGACACCCCGUUGGCUUCGAAUGUGCUCGAAGGAUCCGAGCCCGGCAAUCAGACGUCCCUUCUCCACACGAUCAGACUGGAAAAGCUCGAGCAUCAUCACCCGGUUCGUUCCCUCCGAGAGAGUGAUUUACUGAGCCCGAUUCUUUUCAGAUCACCCAAAGAUACACGUUCGGAAUCCCGGAAGUGCACGCCAAUUGCAUCUGUGAGUGCGACGCGACCUCCACCACGUGCACGGCCGAAUCCCAUCAAUUCACUGCUUGUCCGGAAUCUGACAAAGACGAUGAAGCCACGUCGUGCUACCGUACCUUUUUCCCCAAUCAGACACCGAUCGGUUGCAGUGAGGAUGACAGUCCAAAGCUGUGCUGCGAUGUCCGGUUCAAGCCGUACAAGUCAGUUUCGUACCCAUUCUGCUUUCAAUGAGACAUUAUUGUUCCAGGAACAUGACUUUCCUCGCGGUCAAACUCGAACAACCGUCCACUUACGCAACUUUCGUCUAUGCUGCGUAUGAUUUCGUAAACGGAUACUGGGUGGAGAAGGAUAAGACGACGAUCAGAUCGCAAUUGGACGGAGGCACUCAGGACAGACAUCUCGACUCGAAAAGACGUAUUUCUCUGGCGGUGACGGCCGGAGGGAGAGCUUCUCAUCAGCUUGAAACCGGAAUGUACUUCUCGAGAACGAGUAACGGAGGAGAGACCGAAGAGCUGAGAAUGCAGCCGUUGAAUGAGAUCACGGAUAACAAGUGAGUUGUCCGUUCUGGAAUAGUACAAUCAUUAGCCCUUCUCAGUUUUGACCGCCUCGGAUGGUACAGAAUGGACGAAUCGGGACACUUCCAUGUGAACAACGGAGUCGUCAAAAUGGAUGAUAUUCACAAAGCGAAGGUGAAGAACUGUAAAGAGCAGACGUACAGAUCCAUUCUGGCUGCUAACAACUACGUGAGUUUGAAAUCAAAGUAACUUCUGGUGACCCUUUGUUGUUCAGAUGCCUGGCCAUUUCAAUCUGAGCCGCCCGUUAGAAGUGAGCAAGCCGUGGAUCCAAUCUGCCAGAAUCUUCGACAGUUCGUCCCGCCAGGCAGUCGUCACUCACGCGGAGGGAACCAAUCUUCAAAUUUCAAUUCAUCGUGAGUCAUCACGCCGCCGAACCGAUUUCAAAAUGUACAUUUUCAGUGGACGAUGAGGUGGAGAGUCAGAACCUCGUCUUCUUCCACAAUGCUUCUCGGAUUCGUGACUUCUCUGGAUCUAUUAUUGUCGACUCCAAGUCUAACCGUCUGUUCAAUUUGACUGUUUACGAAGCAUCCGGAAAGAUCGAUGGUUCGGUCAAGAUGUCAACUGGCUUUGCAUCGGAUACCAUUCACACUUUCACCGCCUACGUUAGCGAUCUUCAUGUAAGCGUCCAGUACAUUUUCAGCAGUGGAAUAAACAGUUGCAGGCUUCCAACCGUUCCAUGAUCAUCCCAUUGCCUGCAAUCGUCGGUCAAGGCGCGAGGACAAUCUGUCUGCGAGCAGAUUCUCAGGCUGAUGUUGACAGCGUCUGCCACGUCAUCGAGUACUUCGAGAGCCCCCUUGAGGUAAGAACAACUCUCCCAGACACCGAAUCUAAAUCAUUUUCAGAUUGAUCUUGUGGAAGGCAAAUGGCACGAGAUGAUCGGUACGUGCCCAACUUGCAAUCAGAUCAACUUCAAUGGAAUGAUGAAGUUCCUGAACCCCGCCCACUGGAUCAAGGGGAUCUCGUCGAUCGGAGACGGAAUCAUGGUCGCCACGGACAUUGUAGUGUACUUCGGAGUCCUCUGCAUCCUCUAUCUGCUCAUAACGAAGAUCAUAAUCCCGCUCGCCAAGUGCUGGAUGUGUCCGUGCUCCAUCUCUUUCUGCUGCUUCUCCUCUUCGUCGUCCUCUUCCAAGAGCAAGAAUGACAAGAGGAAAAGAGAGAGAGAGGAGAGACGCAGAAGGUGAUUCCAGUUGCAUAUCUGAUCUUUCUCUAACAGAACUUUGUUCAGGUCGAUGGCGCCUUCUCCGGAGCCGCAUGACACUCUGGCCAGAUACCACGGCACUCCAUCCGAUCGGUACUACACCAGCAGUCAGUACAUCUGA